CGACUGUCUGAUUUCAGGCUUGGACUUAUUUUGCCACUUUGAUCAGAAGACAAAUAGUGAGUGAAGUUUGUAUGGGAAAGCAGGCACAUAUUUGAACAAAGAGUCUUUCAUAAGGGCAUCACAGCGUCAGCAAGCAUUGAUCCAAACUUGGAGUAGAAUUUCUAUUAACUGAAGGAAACAAGCAGACUGAAUGCUCUUCGCGUGCAGAGUUGAGCCUGUAUCGGUAAAAACCAAUUGAUAAUAGCAGAUAAAUAUCGAAAGCAAGGCAAAAGGAUAUCAGUGUGUGGUUUACAAUCAAAUGAAUAAAAAUGUAAUAUCGUGGUGUCAUUACAUCGGAUCUAGAAGGGAAUAUCAUUUUAGAACGUGCCUUUAUUUUAUCGAUAUUUUCUACACGAUACUGAUUGGUGCGUUAAGAGAAUUUUACCGUAGGGAAUAACAUCUAUCAAAUGAUGAUGCGAUCACUAUUGAAAAUGGUUGUGAUAAUAGAUCGAUUUGGAUAAUAAAUCACAAGCUUCCGGAGAGUGUUUUUCAUACACGCUGGAUAAAAUGAAGGAUAUGGAAUAACCUAAUCAUAAUUAAUAUAAUAAUCACCUGGAAUGGAAUAAUACACAAUGUAUCAGACGUAACUGUCUGAUAAUGUCUUAUGAUAAUCUCGUGAAGAAAUGCCAGUAUAUGUUACGCGCGCCCAUGUUACCAUUGGUGACGCUUUCAAAAAAGAAAAACGCAGAGGUCCAAUUGUCCCUAGACAUGUGUUUCAGGUCUCAGAUAUACGCAGGACACCCUAUUGUUUUAGUACAUUCUUUGUGACGGUUUUAGGAUUCAUAAUCGUAAGCGGAGGAGUUAUAAUGACAAUUAUUGGCUAUAAACCAAGUAUAUUAUUGCCUUGGUACCAUACUUUAAACGAGACUUCGAUCGUAAAUGAAACAAAUCCAUCUGCAAUACCAAGUGUGCUAGGAGAACCGGGUCCAUUGAGGGUAUUGGUUUAUUUUGGACCCAUUUUAAUGGGACUUGGAGUUUUUUCUAUGAUGGUCGCAAUUGUGUUAUUCUGUGAAAUUAAAGAUAGAUAUUUUAAUAAUAUUUUACCAAAAUCAAUUCCAGGUCAACAAAAAAGAGACAAAAUGUACGAUAAAAUAAUUGAGGAGUUUCGCAAAAAUUAUUUCAGGGGGAUUGAAGUACCGCUUAAACCACCGCGAAAACGAAGCAAAGGCAGGUUUUCAAUAUCCUUAUCUCGAAGUGGUAGCAUAGCUUCGUUUGGACGGCGUUUGUCACAUGACUUCCAAAAACGAUUUAGAAAGUCAAGUCGUGAUAGCACGCAUGAAAAACCACCAAUCAAACCAAAACGCUCAACGAUCAGAAAACAUUUAGAUUCGGACACUUGGAUGAAAACUUCGUCACUACCAAAUAUACGACACAAAGAUAGCGUUCAUAGUAUUUAUUACGAUGUAGAAAGCGCCACAUGCCCAUCACCAGCAAGGACGUCAAAAAGUUGCGGGCCGACUCUUGAGAAAUUACAAACUGUUAAAGAUGCAAACGGGGUGGAUAACCCAGCUUAUCGAAACUCUCCCCCCGAUAAAAGCUCUCGUGUUCGACCUUUACUUACUAAACAUGCAUCGUUGGAUACCUCAGACAGAAAUAAACAUGUUACAACUGUGAUAGUACAUCGUGAAAUAAGCAACGAGUCGGAUGAUACCUCUUUAAUUGUGCACCACGAUCCAAACAACGACACCGAAUCUAAUCUUUUAAAAACUAGUUAUCUUCCUGAGUUGACUACGUCACGAGACAGGUCUUUAAAUCAUUCCGUAUACAAUGAGAGUUUUGACUCAGUGAUAGACAUCGACCGAGACAUUAAAAUAAUGCCAACAUACAACGAAGAAAACGAAAGAAAUGAUAGCAUUCCUUCUCCACAAGAACGACAAAACUGUAUGCCUUUAAUGCCCGCGGAAGAUAACCAGCAGAAAGCAAUUUGUUUAUGUGGAACAGAUACAUUUUGCCCGGACCAUGCAAGCUUAGGAAUGGAUUCAGGUGGAAGUUCUUUGAGCUUAUCGUGGGAUAAUAUUCCUUCUGAAUGGAACGAUUCAAGGCGGAACACAGAACCUGUGGUUUUCUACCGUAGGUCGUUCAAUAAUCAAACAACGUCUUGUUUAAGCGAACACUUUGAAACUCUUAACAAACCUGCAAGCAGUUAUUCAGAAAUACCACAGAGUUCACGUGGAUUAACAGACGAGGAACAAACUGGCGAAAGUAGUGAGUCUUGUGGUCAAAUUCGUGGUAUGGAUAGUAAACGGACCAAAACUGGACCAUUUAAGACAAGAAUAGGUAUAUUUAAAAGUGAUUCAAACCUUAUGCGUGUAGGGACAUAUUCUUUGCUCAGAUCUCAACAAAAUGAUAAUAUUUCGUUAGACUCGCUUAGUUUAACUGAAGACAUGUUGAAAAACUUUGAGGUGGCCGAGACAGGGUACAUAUAGAUAAUAUCAUUUUGUAGCAAUUAUAUAUAUAUAUAUUCAUAUAUAAAUAAUAAUUGCUGAACAUGCUAUUGUCCAAGUUAAAAGAACAAAAUGGUAAACCGCAUUUGUUAUUGAGUUUCUAGGCACAUUAAAGACAUUCUUUUGUUUUUACUUGUUUUAGAUUAAUCAUCUUAACGAAAUGGAUUAAUAAGAUAUAAAAUAUCAGCUUCUGAUUGUGAAAACAAGGAAAUAAUUUUAUUUUAAUCAUAAAUGUAUUGCUUGACCAACUUUUAUUGAUGGAUAACAGACCAAUACCACUUUAUAUGCUGUUUAGAAAUGUCACUGAUGACAUUUUCUUAAGAAUAUUAAUUUCCUCUUCUUGGAGAAGCAUUUGAAGUAGUUUAUUUUCAUAGUAUUCUUCGGCAAAAAUAGCAAAUAUGCUAGAAAUAAACCGCUGUUAGGCACGUUUAAAGUGAAUGGUUCAUAAUAUUUUUCAAUAAUCCAUUUUCGUAUUAAACACCUCAAACUAUGCAGGGACUUUAAAAAUAACAUUUAGGUGUUGGGUGUAGUUUAAGUAAGUUUAUUCAAUAAGAAUGAAACGAAAUGAAAACACUCAUGUAGAACUAUAUUUUCACUUUAAAAUGUGUCAUCAUAUACAAUUUUCUGAAUAAUCAUUCAGUAUUAUUAUGUAUACAGCAAAUGCAUUUAAACAUUUAAACACACAUCAGCUUUUUUGUUUUCAUUAGGUGUGAAACGAAUAAAGAGCUAAACAUAUCAUUCAGAAUAUCUUAAGGUUUCACUAUUAUAUUUUUUUUUAUUUUUAUAACUGCUUAACUUUGUUACAAUAAUUGAAUAUUACAUUUUGUUUACAUUUAGUUUACAUAUUAUUGCAAUAAUAAAAUACAAAAUCGAUUUUAAGACGACAAUACCAAACACUAAACAGCAUUACUUUUUGUCAUCAUUUAAGAAUAAAUAGAAAUAAUCUCUUUGAAUUGUAUAUCUUUCAGCAUAUUUACUUAAGCAUAUACGUUUCUUUGAUUAAAUCUUUUUUGUCUUUAAUCGAAAAACGUGAUAAACAUAAUUUUGAUAAAGAUAAAUAAUGACAUAAAUUAGUGUAUGUCCCCCAUACCAUCUCUGACAUAGCAAGAUCUGACGACAUGAAAUAUUUGUCUUACAUAAAUGAUAAUAAAUCAGAUUUAUGAUAUUAUUAUGUUUGUGUUAACAAGUUUCUGUAAGGUUUUCUAUAUCUUUUUUAUAAAGAAUUUAACGAUCUAUAAUUUUUGGGUUUUAAAUUUCAAUUUUCAUAACAGAAGAAUAUAUCAUGACUAGAUAUAGCGUUAUAAAUUAGACAUUACAUAUUAUCUCUUUUAUUCGAUAACAAUAUCAGUUGAAGAGAUAUUUAAGUUUAUAUAUCAGGCACUCCCUACUGAUCAAAGUAUUUUCAUUGUCAUACCGUUUACAAAUGGAUACUGAUUAUAGGAAUUUAUGAAUUCAUUUAUACGUACUAACGCCCCAAUUUCUUUGAAUUGACGUACAAUAUUUAUCAAGCUUUUAGUUAUGUAAACACAAUUUGAAUCGACUAAUAUCUUCGUAGCUGCAAAACUAAAUUGUGUGGAUUUAUAUAAAUAUUUGUAUUUUGGUCUUUAAACACGACUUUUGAACAAUAUUCUGAUUUCUUUAAAUAGUUACUAUUUCUUGCUCAAGGGUUGAUACAAAUAGAAUAGAGAAAAACAGAAUGCCUACAGAACGUCAAACACGACAAAAUUGAAAAUGUUGCAGGCUCGGUUUGAUUGAGCUUGUUCAGGUACUGUAAUGAAAAGUGCAAGUUACUGUCAAUGCCUCCUCUCCUAGCACCGACCUUAGCAGAAUUCAACAUUUAAACAUGAAUAAAACAUUUACAAGACUUAAGUACUGAUAUUAACAAUCAUUUAUACUUGUUUCAUGAAAAUCCUUUUUAAGUACUCUUUCAAGUUAUUUUUGAGACCUUUUCAUUGAAACUAUGUUCGAGAUAAAUCGUAUACCUAUGCUAACAGGAGUAGUGUCAAGUUAUCGCACUGUCUGUCGGGGAUACAAAUAGAGCACGCUCGAAGAUUGGCUACAGUUUUCUAGGGUUUACUUUUUGUGACGACAGGGCAAGUGUUCUUAUUUUCACCUAUACCACAAAAGAGAAACAACUUAACAAAAAAAACGACCCCUCGUACAAAUCGUUUUCCAGUACUUUUUGUAUUACUUGUCAAAAUAUUGACGAAAAUUUAACACUUUGC